CCAGUUGUGGCAAUCAUGACAACAGGGGGCAGCACAAGAUCAUUGACAGCACUGUAUGGAAGCUUACGAGGACUUCAGAAGUUAAAUCUCAUAGACUGUGCUACUUACUUGACUGGUUUGUCUGGCACAACAUGGACUAUGGGCACUUUAUACAAAGAUGCUUAUUGGUCAAAAAAGGAUCUGAAUGAACAAAUCAAUGAAGUUAAAAGACAUGUGACUAAAAGCAAACUGGAUUGCUUUUCCAUAGAGCGUCUGAAGUAUUACAACAGGCAGCUGCGUCAAAGGAAAGAAGAGGGACAAAGGACAUCCUGUAUAGAUCUUUGGGGGCUCAUUGUUGAAUAUUUGUUAAACGAUGAGAAAGACAAUCAUAAACUCUCAGAUGAAAAGCAAGCUGUGAAUGAGGCUCAGAAUCCUUUACCAAUCUACACUGCAAUCAAUGUGAAAGAGAAGUACAGCACCAUGGACUUCAAAGAAUGGAUGGAGUUCACACCCUAUGAAGUGGGGAUAAUAAAAUAUGGGGCUUUUGUGAAGGCUGAAGAUUUUGGAAGCGAGUUCUUUAUGGGACGCUUAAUGAAGAGGCUUCCAGAGACUCGGAUCUGUUAUAUGCAAGGCAUGUGGAGUAGUGUAUUUUCCCUAAAUCUCCUGUACUUCUGGAAUCAAUCUCAUAGUUCAGAGGAGUUUUGGCACAAGUGGACACAUGAUCAAAUAACUGAUAUUGAUGAAGAGCCUCAACUACCUUCUAGGCCACAUGAGCAAAAGGCACAUCUGUACACACCUGCUGGACCACUUUCCAGUGCUUUCAGAGAUGUGCUUACUGAUCGCCUCUCCGUUGCCCAUUACCACAAUUUUGUGAAAGGUCUUCAGUUGGAUAAUAGCUACUUGCAGAAUGACAAAUUCUGCAGAUGGAAAGAUACUGUACUAGACUCUUGUUCACCCAACCAGCUGACUCAAGCAGAAGACUACUUGCUCCUAGAAGAUACUGGAUUCUUCAUCAAUACAAGCUCUGCACCUCUACUGAGGAAAGAGAGGAAGGUGGAUGUAAUCCUACAUUUAAAUUACAGUGCAGGAUCACAAUCAUUGCCUUUGAAGCAAUCAUGCAAAUACUAUGCAGAACAAGGAAUCCCAUUUCCCAAAAUUGUGCCGAAGGAAGAUGACAACCAUCUGAAGGAAUGCUAUUUAUUUGAAGAUGCAGAGAAUAUGGAUGCACCUAUAUUACUAUUUUUUCCACAAGUGAAUGAUACCUUUCGCUAUUAUAAAGCACCUGGUGUAAAGCGCUUGGAGUCAGAAAUGAAAUAUGGCGAGAUUGAUGUCUCCAGUAAUUGCACCCCCUACUCUACAUAUUCACUGACAUUCAGUAAAGAAGAGUAUGAUCAGCUAGUGGAUCUGAGUGAAUACAAUAUUCUGAAUAACCAACAUCUGAUCCUACAGGCCUUGCAGACAGCAGUGGAACGGAAAAAACUACUUAAGAAAUAG